AUGCGAUCAGCACGUCCGUACGUGUGCAACAAGAAUAUCGCAGGUGUUCCCAAAAGUGUUGCCCGAUAUCGCGUGAAUGCCAUGGCUGAGGCUGGUGGAGCAGAGUACGAAAAGACGGUGGCAUCGGAGAGAGAGUCAUUUGUACUAGUGCCGUUACCUAACGAGCAGAUCAGCCUGGAUUCACAGGAUGGCAUGGGCGACUACUGA